AUGUCCGAUAUACGAAAACGACGUUCCAGUUUUUUCCCAAAACCUGUUGAAGAGAAUCAUGAAAAACAAUUGGAGUUGUUUAAGAACAUGAAUUGGGUAAAUGAAGAAAAAGAAAACAUAGUUUCUAAUUCAAUGAUAUUUGGCGGUCAAGGAAAACAAACAUUACAAGAAUAUACUGAAAAAUUGAGAAGUCGUAAACAAGAAUAUCCAAAAUUGGUAUCUAUUAAACAAGAAGAACAAAUUCAUUUAAAAGAGAAAUUACGUAAAAGCAAAGUCGAAAUAAAUUGGGAAACUGCUUGUGAUGGAUUAACAGACUUUGAACGAGAUUUUGCUUUUAAUAGACCUAAUUAUAAGUGUUUAGUCGAAAAAAUCCAUUUACUCACAUUACAUACGUCCUUAGUUAAAAGAUCCAAUUAUGAACUAAAUUUUAUUUUAAAUGCAUAUAAUAGGCGGGCUAAUGAAGAAAUAAAUAAAUUACAAGAAUUGUUUAUUGAUAAAAUUGUAGAAGACAGUGGUGUUGGUACUUCAUACUGCAGUAGUGAUACAAAUUCAUCAACUACCGAUUCGUCUGAAGAUGAAAGUUUAAAAUCUAAUUAA